GAUAGGCCCCCCUUUUCUUCUGCUUGUUCUUUCAACUUCCUGUGCCAUCCAAUUUCUCUCUGGUCUCAAAUUAAAACCCCGAAAAAAAAAAAACACAAAAGACACUCACACUGUCCAAAACUCCGUUAUUUCUACCACAUAUAUAAUUUUAGCUAAUCCUCUUUUUAUUUUAUUUUUGGAUCAAAAUGUCUUAAAACUCAGAUUCUUUACUAAAAGCUAACAUAAAAAGGUCCUCUCAUUUCAUUUCUAAGCUCUCUCAAAGAAAUGUAUAGUUUCCCUCCAAUUCCGUACAGCUAGGGUUUUCUCAUUCUCCGAUCUCAUUUCUUGGGUCUUCACAACCAAUCUGGUUCAGUUUAAUAACUGUAAUUUUCAAUUUCUCGAUUGAUUGAUUGAAUUUUUUCUUGUGAAAUUUGAUUCAAGAAUUUGAUAAAUUUGUACGGAAUAUAUAGGUUUAUUGAUUUCUGUGUUUUUUGUGAAUCAGUGCUGAUUUUGUUUCUUGAUAAUUGUGUGUAUUGGAUUUGGAAGAAAAAAACUGAGUUUCAGGAUAGUUUCUUGUUUUUGGGUUUAGUAAUGGUGUCUGCGAAUGACCCAAUCGAAUCGUUUUUGAAUUCGAUUCAAGUAGUGAAAGAGGUGCUUUCGCCGCUCGAAUUAGGGAUUCGGAAAGCGGCGAAAGAUCUUGAACAUUGUUGGGGAGGACCAAAGAACAGAGGGAAUGGCAAUAGUGACGAUAGUGUUGUAUUGGUUAACCAAUUGAAUAGUAAAGUUGAGAUCUUUGGUGUGAAAAAGAAGAGUAACAGUAGUAAUAGUAAUGGUCAGUGUGUUGUUGAUUGUGGUGAUGAGAGAAAGAAGGGGUUGUCGAUUAAGGUUCCCAUUAAGGCCUUCUUGGGAAUGUUUUCGGGAAAUGGGCAUCGGGUUGAGGUGCUCAAUAGAGGGUUGAAAGAGAAAGGGAGGGAUUCGGGUAAGGCGGAUGGUGGGUCUUGUGUGAAUUGCUUGCAGUUUGCAGUCACUUGGUCUUUGUUGUUUAACAGUUUCGUUCAGUCGCUUCCAAGCCCGUUCAAAGCGGGCAAGAAGCGGUUUCAGAAGGCUGGGGAUGGAGAAAAAUUGUGUUCUUGCAUGAAGCCAAAGGCUUUAUCUGAAGUGAAACAAAGGGAGUCUAAGGAACAAUGUGUUGGGUCGUUACAGAAUGAAGGAAAUCAUGUGUCACUUGAGUGCUUUAUGGGUUUUAUUUUCGAUCAGUUGGCUCAGAGUCUUCAGAAGUUUGAUCAGGGUUUGCAAGAAGACAGUCACAAGAGUUGUGAUGAUGCUUCUUUGUCACCACCCGCUUCGUCUAAUUUUGAUCAUUUGAGGGCACUUACUACUAUGUUGGAGGGUCGAAAAGCAGAUGUUAAUGGGUUUUUGGGAAAUUUGAGGUUUGCUAGAGUGGGAGGUGUGCCGUCUGGUGUAGUUGGAGUAACUUCUUCGGUUGAUGAAGAGGGUGAUGAUGGUGUUACCCCUGGAAACAGGGAAGAAACUGGAGGCACUUUACCGCAGAAGCUGGCCAGUGGUAUACUUAGUAUUCCUCUAUCGAAUGUGGAGCGCUUGAGAUCCACAUUAUCCACAGUUUCUUUGUCAGAACUAAUUGAGCUUGUACCACAGUUGGGGCGCACUUCUACAGAUUAUCCUGACAAGAAGAAACUAUUCUCUGUCCAGGAUUUCUUUAGAUACACAGAAACUGAAGGAAGGAGGUUCUUUGAGGAGUUGGAUAGGGAUGGUGAUGGCCAAGUAACUUUGGAAGAUCUUGAAGUUGCAUUUAGAAAGAGAAAAUUGCCACGAAGAUAUGCUAAUGAGCUUAUGCGCCGCACUAAAAGUCACAUAUUUUCAAACUCUUUUGGUUGGAAACAGUUUUUGUCCUUGAUGGAGCAGAAGGAACCAACCAUUCUUCGUGCUUAUACUUCUCUCUGUCUGAGCAAGUCUGGUACACUGCAAAAGAGUGAAAUAUUGGCAUCUCUUAAAAAUGCGGGGCUUCCAUCAAAUGAAGACAAUGCUGUUGCCAUGAUGCGAUUUCUGAAUGCAGACACAGAAGGGCCUAUUUCUUAUGGACAUUUCCGGAACUUUAUGCUGCUUCUCCCUUCUGAUCGACUUCAAGAUGAUCCUCGGAGUAUCUGGUUUGAAGCUGCAACUGUUGUUGCUGUUGCACCACCUGUGCAAAUACCAGCUGGAAGUGUUCUAAGAUCUGCAUUGGCAGGAGGCCUUUCUUGUGCACUUUCUUGUUCUUUAAUGCACCCUGUCGAUACAAUUAAGACUCGGGUACAGGCAUCAACACUGACCUUCCCUGAAAUCAUUUCAAAGCUUCCACAGAUUGGAAUUCGGGGGUUAUACAGGGGUUCAAUCCCUGCCAUUCUUGGACAAUUUUCAAGCCAUGGUCUGCGGACUGGAAUAUUUGAAGCAAGCAAACUUGUUUUGAUAAAUGUUGCUCCAACACUCCCAGAGAUCCAGGUCCAAUCCUUAUCUUCAUUCUGUAGCACAGUUUUGGGGACAGCAGUGCGGAUCCCUUGCGAGGUGUUAAAACAACGGUUGCAGGCUGGCCUUUUUGACAAUGUGGGGGAGGCUAUUGUUGGGACUUGGCAACAAGAUGGUCUUAAAGGUUUUUUUCGUGGGACUGGUGCAACUCUUUGUCGGGAGGUUCCAUUCUAUGUGGCUGGCAUGGGGCUUUAUGCUGAAUCCAAAAAGGUUGCCCAGCAACUUUUGGGGCGGGAUCUAGAGCCCUGGGAAACAAUUGCUGUAGGAGCUUUAUCUGGUGGGCUAGCUGCUGUUACCACUACACCCUUUGAUGUGAUGAAGACUAGAAUGAUGACUGCUCAAGGUCGAUCCGUAUCAAUGUCAAUUGUAUUCCUCUCUAUACUUCGCCAUGAGGGACCCUUGGGCUUAUUUAAAGGAGCAGUGCCUAGGUUCUUUUGGAUUGCUCCCUUGGGAGCCAUGAACUUUGCAGGCUAUGAGCUUGCAAGGAAGGCCAUGGACAAACAUGAGGAACAACUAGUUGUCGACCAGCUGUCUCAGAAGAAGGUGGCAAGUACUGGAUAAAGUUUUGACCUAGUAUACAGCCUUAGGGUUUUCAUGUGAUGAUAGCAAACUAAUGCUGCUGGAAAGUUUUAAGCUUUUUCCGAGUUAGUAGCAGCAUGUCCUUUAAUUUCCAUCUGCCGACAUCUCUGCCGUUUUCAGCCACAGUUUCUUCAUUUCAUACUUUUUUGCCUGCUUAAUGGUGGCACAAACACGUUUGUUCCGUUUUGGAAUCUUGGUUACAGUUGUUAGCAAUUUUGUACAUUUAAUGUGCAGUCAAUUUCCUCCCAACCCUCUUUCUGUUCAGUUAUCUACAAGUUCAAGUGUACAUAUCUCUUUUUUUGAACAUUAUAUGAUGAUUCCAUGUAUCGACUAAACAUGCAUGUUGAGGGUUAUGCCCGGUAGUGUAAUGGAGCUUUUAUCUUGCUGGC